AUGAGUGCGAAACACAAGAAACUCGAGGAAGAAAUGGAGGAGAUCAGGAAAUGGCUUAACUCCCUGUCGGAGGAUGUAAGGACAGUGGCCAAACAGCAAGACACACUCACAGAGCUGUUGACCGAAAUCAAAAUGCUGAAAAACAUCAUCAAGGAAAAAGACAAGAAAAUUGUCGACUUAGAAGCAAGAAUUGACGAAAUUGAACAGUACACCAGAAUGGAAGAUUUGAUUAUAAGCGGACUAGAAACCAAACAUCGCACAUAUGCAAGAGUGGCCGGGACUCGCAGCAAGGACGCUGACAAGGACGCCGAAGCCCCGGCAGACGAACUUGUGACACUUGAACGGCAAGUGUUCCAGGACUUGGGUGUGUCGGUGCUGGCCGCGGCUUCUCAGGGAUACAACGUGUGUCUGUUUGCUUACGGCCAGACGGGGUCCGGAAAGACUUACACCAUGAUGGGAACACAGGACUCCACUGGUUUGACUCCUCGCAUCUGUCAGGGCCUCUUCAGGUCUCAGGAUCCACUUCCCGACGGGCAGAACUCCAGCAGAGUGGAGAUCAGUUUUUUGGAGAUCUACAACGAGCGAGUCAGAGACCUGCUCGGAGGUGGCGAGCAGAAGAAGAGAGCCUCGCUGAGAGUCCGAGAGCAUCCUGAUAAAGGACCCUACGUGCAAGACCUAUCACAGCAUGUGGUGUCAGACAGCAAGCAGGCCAUGGAGCUGCUGGAGGCAGGAAUCGCCAAUCGCAUCACGGCGGCCACCCACAACCACCACGCCAGCAGCCGCUCCCACGCCAUCUUCACCGUGCAGUAUACUCAGGCGACACUAGAAAACAACCGUCCCUCAGAAACAGUCAGCAGGAUCAACCUGGUGGACCUGGCUGGAAGCGAGAGAGCAGACGCCAGCUCGUGCAGGGACCGACUGACCGAGGGCUCCAACAUCAACAAGUCUCUCGUCACGCUGGGCAUCGUCAUUUCUGCCCUGGCCCAGAACUCCCAGAUGUCCAGCAGCUGCCAGAGCAUCAACAGCAUGGCGUCCGAGGGUGAAGGCAGCACAGCAGGGAGCCACAGCAGCUCUCUGUCUGGAGGAGGAGGAAGGAGGCACUGCUUCAUCCCCUACAGAGACUCUGUCCUCACCUGGCUGCUCAAAGACAGCCUGGGGGGCAACUCCAAAACUAUCAUGAUCGCAACUGUCUCUCCCUCUGCUAACUGCUACAACGAGACCCUCAGCACGCUGCGCUACGCCGCCCACGCCAGGAACAUCAUCAACCAGCCUCGGGUGAACGAGGAUGCCAACGUGCGCCUCAUCAGGGAGCUGAGGGAGGAGAUUGACAGGCUGAAGAACAUGCUGCUCAACUUUGAGACGCAGCGAGACAUCAGUCCAUCUCUCAGCGACCACAGGGAAGCAACGCUGGCGGACAUUGUGCUGCAAAAUGAACUGAAGGUGGAGCAGCUGACCAAGGACUGGUCUGAGAGUUGGGGGGACAAGGAGCAGUACGGCGUCCACUCGGACCGUCCAGCAGGCGUCCUCGUCAACUCGCUGCAGCCACACCUGCUGGCCUUGGACGGAGACGUCCUCAGCACCGGCGUGGUCUUCUACCACCUCACGGAAGGACUGACCCGCAUUGGACCUCACGGACAAUUUAAAGAACCACAAAUUGUUCUUCAUGGCGGCGCUAGCUGUGAGGUGGAGAAUGACGGAGGUGUGGUCACCCUCAGACCGCUGCCAGGCUGCGUUUGCCUUAUUAACGACAGGGAAGUCACCGAGCCCUGCAGGCUGGCACAAGGAUCGGUCAUCACUUUGGGAGGGGUUCAUAAAUUUCGCUUCAACCACCCGGCAGAGGCGGCCGCCCUCCGGGAGCGCAGGCGGGCGAGUGAAGGUGGCAUGACCCGCACCGACGUUGAAUUUGUCCCUCAGACUCCUGACCUAAGCAGAGAGGAAGCUCAAGUAAAGGUCCAAGGGCAGCCAGGCCAGGAGUCCUCUGCCUGGCUGCAUGUAGACCAGCAGCAGCGCUACGUGGAGGGUCUGCGCCAGGAGAUUAGUUCUGAGCAGAGGCGGGCUGAAAGGGAGCUGGAGAGGGAUCAGGCUCACAUCCGGCAGCAGCACAGCGAGAUCCACCAGUGGAUCCUGCAGGAGAAGUGUCACUGCUUAGAAGUGGAGCAGAAAGUCACCCAGGAGUUUGGGGUUCAAACUGACCCUCUUCUGGAGCAGCUGACGCGGCUUACGUCCGACGACCAGACUUCGGCUUGUCCGUCCCUAAUUGUCGGGGCCAGGAAGAAAGCCGUCCAUGAGGAGUUACUGAAGCAUCACGCGCUGCGCCGCGCCGAGAGCCGCCUCCGCCGGAAAAAGCUGCAGUUCCAGCUGGAGCGAAUCGCCCGCAAGCGCCAUCUGUUGGAAGCCAAGCGGGAAUUGCAGCGUCUGGAAAAGGCCUUGCCACCUGGAUUAGACACCCCUGAGUGCCCCCCUGUGCAGCCCAAAGAACUUGUUACCCGGAGAUAUUCCUUCUCAGCGGACCUUGUGUCUCGACUCUACCCACAGCACACCCCGAUAUUCAGACAUUUUCUCAAAAGGAAUAAAUCCACAGAGCUGACUUCGAACACUUCUUUUCAAUGCUUAAGCAGCAGGAAGUGGGUUUCGGACGAGUGCCUCAAUUGGGAAAGGACCCAGAGUUGUUCUGGGGCUCUCCCCUCAAGACUACACCAAGGAAAAGGGAGAUCUUCUGAAAAUGUAGUACUACCAAGUAAGGAGGAGACACCUGAUCCGCUACGUAAACCACUGUUACCGCAAAGAGACUUGUCUUUUAAAAACAGAUCAGGCGUACCCGCGACACCAAAGAUGCCACUUCGACCUCCAAUGCAGCCUCUUGGCAAAGAAAACGUAGGAUCCAAAACAAACAUUCAAAAUUGUUUAGACCGAUCCCAGUCAUGGGACAACAGAGAAGGACUGACUAAUUUUGUGGCGCCAGAGGUUAAACCUGCUAUGUCCAAAAUGUCCGGAGAACCGCCGCCAGGUGGAGAGCCCAAAGCUGAGAGACAUUGUUUUCACUGGAGGCAUUCGAGAGAUACAAGCCAUGAAGAUAGUAGCAUGAUGAGCACAAGUAGCAUUAAAGCAGCGGUCUCGUGCGGGGAGCUUGAACACGAGAGUCUGAUCGAAGGUGUUGGGCAGCGGCGGUGGAACAGCACUGAGACCAUCCAGACCAGCAAUUGGGUCGAGAGACAUCAGGGAUUGGUCAGAUGUGAGGAAGGCACAUCGGAAGCUGAGGGAGAAGCGUCAGAUCCUGAGAGUCUUUUCUCUCUCGAUUCUUUAUCAUCGGCCUAUGCAAUGGCUCUCGCGGAGCAGUUGAAACGUGAAGAGAGCGAGCCUGAGAGUGAAGCCAGCGAGAUGUCCAAAGACUCUUUGGUUGCGGAUUGCCGACAGAAUAAAAACUUUGGAAGGAAGAGCUUCUGCCAAAAAGUGGUUCCGACAUACUCAUUGGUGACUGAUCCGCCACACUCCUGCGUGAAACAGUGCGGCAGUUCUCAAAAACCAAAGCUUAUUACUACAGAGAUGGACUGGAACCAGCAAGGCUCCUCUAAAAACACAACAAAAAACACUUCAUUUCAACAUUUGGGAGAGAAAGGGGUCGUUCAAUCGUUGAUUGACGGUAACGAGGGGUCUGAAAACCUGCCGCCGCUUACGGAUGCUCAGUUCGCUUCUGUUUCAGUGGAUAGUACCAGAAUCUGCAAAGAUUUAACAUAUCCACGUCAGGGAGAAAAAAACAUUGGCCGCUCCAGAGUGAGCCUUUCUGAUGCUAUGUGCUCAUCUGUUGAUUGUGGUUCAGAAUCUACUAGCACUGGAGGUUUAAAACUGCAUGAGACGUCAGGAGAACGUUUGAUAUCAGAGAAAGAACAGUCAGACAAAUGGCCAUCUUCCGCCAUAUUGGAUACUAAGUUCAAAGAUUGCGGUCCAAUGCCCUGUUGUGACGCUGACAUGCCCGCUGCUGGUGAAUUGCAUCGUUUAGCAAACCCUACUGAGCAAAGCAAAGUGUAUGCGUACCUCACAGCAUCGCCUGAAUGCAAUUUAAACUGUGCAGCAGAACCAUUGCGGUCUGAUUCGGGGAAGACUGCAUGUGGAACAGGAAUUGGAUCACUGAAAGACACAGAAACCAAAGAUGACAGGGCCAACCAUUCACCUCAGUUGGAAUCAUCUUCCAGGAAGAGGAACAAGGAUGAGCAGGAGGCUUUCCCAGGUAGCCUAAAAAUUCCAAAAAGAAGCCCUUCUCUAAUUAGCAACCAGGGAAACACCUGGUCUGAUAAUAACAACAGUAACUCUUGUAACUGCAAAGAAAAACAUAAUGUGGCAGCAGAUGGAAUUAUAUCGCCGGAUUCUAAUGACGUGCCUAAGUCGUGUGAGGACUGUGGGCUUCACUCUCAGAACACCUCUUCUAUGAGAAGAGAUGAGGAAUUGGAUUUUGCAGUAGAGCAAAAGGCGGGUUCUCGAAUCGACUACACCAGAAGGAAACAUGUUUGUCAGGCUGAAGCCAUUUGCAGCGCCAUUGACCUGAGAAUCUCAGAAGUGGUAAAAGAACACUCGAAUCUGUCGUUGACUAGCAACAACAGAAGCUACUGUAGUCAGAGCCUGGCAGCCGGGAUAUCACAAAACCAACUGCGAGAUGACAGAAGCCAUCAAGCGAAAGGUGUGGUCAACAACAUACUUCUGCUGGUGGAUCAUGCAAAGACAACUUUUGACUCUACAUCAACCAAUUCUGAUAAAAACCCAACUGACCAUGACAUCUCCAGCAGCUGCAUCUACCGAACAACAAGAAAUGACGUGCAGAACGAUUACACAAGUCAACAAAAUAUAACAAAUGAGCUUUUUGUUGAGGUGAUUGAUUGUUCCAGAGGAGUAGGCUGCUCUGGGACUUUGGAUUCCGGGACCUCGAAAUUAGCUUCUGAUGGAUUCCAUUUCACACCACACAAGCAUCACAGAGAAACCACUCCCACGGGGAUUGAAGCCUAUGUCGUGCACUCAAAUAGUAAAGCUGCGACUUCCGUGGUCAACAUGAAUUACAGUAACAAAUGUCAAGGAUUCUCACAGUGCAUGCAUGAAGACAGCAAAGCUCCUUGCAUGUCUAAAUGUGAAGACAAAGCGUCGACCAAGCGAUCUGAAGCGCACACCCCAGAGAGCUUUGCCGUGUUAGAAGAUGAAAAGAGUAUCAGAACAACAGAUUUUUGUCCAGCAGGUAUGCUUAAAAACAGCAAGUCCAAAAGGUUGAGGCGGUCCAAGAUACAGCCUCAUUCGUCCUCUGAUUCCUCUUGUAAGUCAUCAGAUGAAGACCAAGACCAAACCACUACGCAGCUUAAGCUUCGACCGAAGAAGCAGUCGAAUGGAAAUAAUUCCAAGGUGAAGUGUAAAAUGGAGGCAAUAAAAGAUGCUGCAUUACUCCGAAAAAGACUCUCGUUACCUCUACAAGCAUUGCCACCAAGGACAAAUGUAGAAAAAACGACGAAUAAUGCGCUCAUGCAUUUCGCAUCAAGUGACAUCAACCCUUUCGUUCGUCAGUGGCAAGAUGGCGAGCAGCGCCCUCAGUGCUGCAAGAACCCCGCCUUCGGAAGUGCCGCCGACCUAUCCUAUAAAUCCCCGCUUUUAACCAGUACCGAAAAACGCAUAACGAGGUGCUCUAGCGUUGAUAACGGCUUAAACAGGCAGAACUCUCCCUACAUUUCCCAUUUGAGCACCUAUGCCACCAGCAAGGUGCUUUCCAGCACGCUGAGCAGCAUUGAGGACUAUAAAAACCAAACCAACAAAACCUUACACUCAGCAGCCUGUCCUUGUUCAUCUCAUCCAACAGUCUACACCACCUCAUCCAGUGACCAUGUACCAAAAGGUUUUGCUACCAACUCCUGUCAUGUGGAUAAAAUGUUUUCCUACUCAUCUGACCCAGAGUCAAGCCAAAGAAGUACCAAUGAGCAAGCCACUCAGACCGGGUUGGUCCUACCGCCUAUUCAAACUAACCGAGCUCCACAAAGAAAGGAGCGUCACAAAAGAAGCCACACAGAUGUACCAAAAACCAAAGAAGGAAUAAAGGAGUCCUCGACGUGGACAAGUAUGGAAAGCAUGUCAGUUCACCUCUCGAAAUUGAUCCACAGCACCUCCGACCUGCUGGGAGAUGUCCAGGGAAUGAGAACAGGUCGCAUGUUGAAUCUACGAAGAAGUGCAGCCCUCUCAAAUAUCAGCCACAGUUGGACUGAAGACCAUUCCAAAAAAGAUUGCGCCACUGAAACGGUUAUGGAUGUCGGGAUACAGACCGAAAUACACACAGAAGGCCAUCAGAGGUCCAAAAGUCACGAGCUUACCGUGACGUUGAGAGUGAUAGGAGCUGAGGUGGUGAAAACUGAGACUGAUGACAAUAUGCUGACUACAACAGACCCUAAAAGGCCUGUCUUGCAAUCUGGUAACGCUACUGUUGGAUGUCGGAGGCUGCUAAGAUCUGCUCCUUCUAGAAGCACAAAUAAAUGCACACUUGCUGAGACACCAGUCUAUCAUACUGAAAACAGGUGCAGACCAAACGGAAGCCACAUAAUCCCAACUGUAAAGAACUCUACAUCAAAAAAAGCAGUUGCCUUCACAGAUCGGGCAUCAUCCCCGAUACUCACCGUGGAGGUUCAGCAGCAGGUCACGCAGAGAGGAAAGAAUGGUCAAAAGGACCACGCCUCAUAUGAGGAUAGCUUUACUAAAUCUUCUUGCGGGUCGUCAUCUGUUUCAUUAAAGCCAAAACUAGACUGUGACGUUUGCUCAGAAACGUCGGAAUCACUGGAGAUGAUCAGGAAAAUUAGCCUCAAAGACUCUGAAGAAUGCUCCCCAAACCUUUGCUGGUCACUGGAGAAGAGGACUAUUAAUCAUGAAGACAAAGGGAACGCCCAUUGUCAGGUCAAACGGCACUGUGUCACAUCUGUUUUUUCUCCGCCGAAAUACCUCUCUGUCAGUGCUCCCAUCAAACAAUCUCAUAGCAAACCCGAUACAACCUGGCAGAGAUCAGAAGUUGUGCCCUGUGACCGUGUCUGUGCUCGUUCUCCAAUCAUCGACAAAACCGAUGACGCGGCAUCACUCACGGCGAGCGAGUGCAGCACCGACAUCCUGCUGAACACCAAACCGUUUACAACUGUGUCCGUCUGUCAGGAGCAAGUGCCCGAGGACCUUCCCAUGCACAACAAGUUCACCAACUGGUCGGGCAUCACCCUACAGCAAUCAAGGUGCUCUAGUUAUGCCUCUAACUCGGCGAUGCAGUCUGACUUACGGUCGAGGGAAAUCGAGAGGCUGAGGAAGGAGAGAGAGCAGGUGAUGGCUUCCGUCAACCUCAGCGCCAACGCCAUUCCGCUGACCGUGGAGCUCGCCGAGGCCAAGCUGCAUUACGGCCGUGGAGAGACAGACACGCUCCUCAAGAUGAUGUCGCCGAGGCCCACGGACGAGCUGGAGCAUCCGACGUCCAGCCAACGCGGUGGUCUCAGACAUAGUUUAAGCGUUGAGGGUUUGCUGAAAAGGAAAGAAGAGCAAUCUCAAGAGAACUGUCGAGCUCGAAGUCUGAGCCCAUGCAAAGAUUACCACUUGUCACCUCAGGACAAAAACCAGGUGCAGCAGAUGAAGCCCGAGGUCACCGGGUGUCAGACAAAACAAGGUCCAGUAAGAAGUGACAUAGAGCAGCUGCUUCGCGAUUACGGUCGCGCCCGCGAGGAAGCCAUGACAGAGAUCGCCAAGGCCCGGGAACGACUACGUGAGAGGACGGAGGAGGAGAAGAGGAAGCUUCAGCAGCAGGCUUUAUCUGCGGAGGUGAAGGAGGACCCCAGGCAUCGGACCAGGAUCAGCAACAGCACCUUAUGCACCGGAUCAAGUCUGAGCUUGUCGUCUGGACCAACUUCAGGUUACAACAGCGGCAACACUCUGCAGCUGCAGCAUGGCCAAGGACAGACCACCGCUUUCCUGGAGGAAGACCUGAAUGUCCGCUCACCCCCUGCAGGGUGUGGUCCUCAAGCUUGGACUCGGCGACGACGGGCCACCUCCUUUGGCUCCUCCUCCUCGCUCUCCACCACCUAUCAGGACAUCACCACCAGCCUGCUCAGCCGCACUCUGGCUGAGGUGCGCCUCGCAGCCUCGGGCGAUCUGAGCAACCUGGUGAAGGGGACGGCUUCUGCUGGCUGGAGACACCAGGGAGAGGAGCGAGGGAUCCGGGUCUUCUACAGACCCUCCUCCAGGCCUUCAGGCCACGCCUUCUUGGCCGCCGGGGAGCUGGACGCACCCCUGGAGCGUCUGUGGGAUGUCGUCCGCCAGCCGUCCAAGAGUCAGGCGUACAACCGGUCGAUCCGCACCGCCUGGUCUCGACCACUAGAUGGCAGCACUCAACUGGUCUACAUCCUCACAGAACCUUCCAGCUGCCACCUCAGCCGUCCGCGAGAUUUCUGCUGCAUCAGCACCGAGUCCAAGCAGGGCGGCGUGCACGUGCUGGCCAUGCAGUCGGCGUUCGACAAGUCCCUGCCGCGUGCCGGCGUGGAGGCCGUCCGGGGCGAGAUGAUGCCCAGCUGCUGGCUCCUGCAGCCCAUCAGGCGCGGCGGGCGCGAGGUCACCAGGGCGGUCUACCUGCUGCACGUCGACCUGGGAACGCCGUCGUUCCCGUCACAGCUUUUGAGCGCAGUUGCCAGGGGACACGCCGCCGUCAUGGCCGCCCUCGCCAACUUUGCAGACGUGUGAUGAGACGCCAGCUGUGAGCACUUAAGACCUUGGAGACUUUUUUUUUAACUUUACUCAGGCAGCCUGUUUUGGAUUGCUUCCAACAAUCUUAAUGCUAGUUUACCAAAGCACUUGUUCGAAGUACACUUGGUGUUGAAGUACACUUGGUGUACCAGCUGGAGACAAUCAUCACCUUUUUGGCUGCCAUAUCAGUAAUAUUAGACAAUCAUUAUUUAGGAGACAAAUAUCACCUUUUUGGCUGUCAUGUCCCUAAUAUUACAGUUAUUGAUAACCACACAGGCGUUAAAAUACACUUUAUGUAGUGCAGGAGGACUUCACACUGAUAAAUGAAAGCAUGCGGUGGCCAUUUUCAUAUAUAAAAAGUUGGAUUAUCUCAUAAACAGGAAAUAAGAAGUCGGAUUAUCUCAAAAACAGGAAGUAAAAAAACGGAUUAUCUCAUAAACAGGAAGUCAACAGUAGGAUUAUCUCAUAAACGAGUAGUAAAAAGUAGGAUUAUCUCAAAAACAGGAAGUAAAAAGUCGGAUUAUCUCAAACAGGAAGUAAAAAAUCGGAUUAUCUCAUAAACAGGAAGUAAAAAGUUGUAUUAUCUCAUAAAUAGAAAGUAAAAAGUCGGAUUAUCUCAUAAACAGGAAAUAAAAAUUAGGAUUAUCUCAUAAACAGGAAGUAAAAAUUAGGAUUAUCUCAUAAAUAGAAAGUAAAAAGUCGGAUUAUCUCAUAAAAAGGAAAUACAAAUUAGGAUUAUCUCAUAAACAGGAAGUCAAAAGUAGGAUUAUCUCAUAAACAGGAAGUCAAAAGUAGGAUUAUCUCAUAAACAGGAAGUCAAAAGUAGGAUUAUCUCAUAAACAGGAAAAAAAAUAGAAUUAUCUCAUAAACAGGAAGUACAAAGUCGCAUUAUCUCAUAAACAGGAAGGAAAAAGUAGGAUUAUCUCAUAAACAGGAAGUAAAAAGUAGGAUUAUCUCAAACAGGAAGUAAAAAGUAGGAUGAUCUCAUAAACAGGAAGUCAACAGUAGGAUGAUCUCAUAAACAGGAAGUCAACAGUAGGAUUAUCUCAUUAACAGGAAGUAAAAAGUAGGAUUAUCUAAUAAACAGGAAGUAAAAAGUAGGAUUAUCUCAUAAACAAGAAGUAAAAAAUGGAUUAUCUCAAACAGGAAGUCAAAAGUAGGAUGAUCUCAUAAACAGGAAGUAAAACGUAGGAUUAUCUCAAACAGGAAGUAAAAAGUAAGAUUAUCUCAUAAACAGGAAGUGAAAAGUAGGAUUAUCUCAAAAACAGGAAGUCAAAAGUAGGAUUGUCAUAAACAGGAAGUCAAAAGUCCGAUUAGUCAGAGUUGGUUGAUGUUGUUCCAAAGUCUGCAUGAGGUCACACAGCAAACAUGAAUGAUUUAAAGAAACAUUUAUUACUGAAAGACUUACUUGGUGUGAAAUAUUAGUGACUACUCAAUUUAUGAACAUGUUCACGUUGGCUCAGAAAACGCCAGAAGCAAAAGAAGAAAAGCUUUCCUUUUUGCACUCCCGUCAUUUGUCUUUUAGUCCUCGGAUUUCUCCUGCCCGUUUAGUUUUUGUCCCUUCGGCGUGACGCCUGCUGUCGCCAUGACAACCAGUGCAGGCGUGUGUAUGAACUAUGCAAACACCGUCAAGUUCUCAUUGGAAUACCAAAGACUUUCUACUUUGUACUGAUUUUAUAGCUUUAUUUUUUGUUAUUGUGGUUUUACAUCCUUAUUUAUGCAAUAUGCUAUGUGUAUAUAUCCAUCCAUCCAUUUUAUACCGCUUGUCCCUUUUUGGGAUGUAUAUAUAUAUAUAUAUAUAUUAGGGCUGCAACAACUUAUCGAUUAAAUCGAUUAAAAUCGAUGAUAAAAAUAGUUGGCGAUUAAUUUAGUCAUCGUUUCGUUGGAUCUAUGCUAUGCGCAGGGGCAAUUUUUUAUUUUUUAUAAACCUUUAUUUAUAAACUGCAACAUGUACAAACAGCUGAGAAACAAUAAUCAAAAUAAGUAUGGUGCCAGUAUGCUGGUUUUUUUCAAUAAAAUACUGGAAAGGAUAGAAAUGUAGUUUGUCUCUUGUAUCCGAUUAUUAAUCGAUCAAUCGAAGUAAUAAUCGACAGAUUAAUCGAUUAUCAAAUUAAUCAUUAGUUGCAGCCUUAAUAUAUAUAUAUAUAUUUUAAAAUAUAUAUAUAUACAUAUUAGGGCUGCAACAACUAAUCGAUUAUAAAAAUAGUUGCCGAUUAAUUUAGUCAUCGAUUCGUUGGAUCUAUGCUAUGCCCAUGCGCAGAAGCUUUUUUUUUUUUUUUUUUUUUUAAUAAACCUUUAUUUAUAAACUGCAACAUGUACAAACAGCUGAGAAACAAUAAUCAAAAUAAGUAUGGUGCCACUAUGCUGUUUUUUUCAAUAAAAUACUGGAAAGGAUAGACAUGUAGUUUGUCUCUUUUACCCGAUUAUUAAUCGAUUAAUCGAAGUAAUAAUCGAAAGAUUAAUCGAUUAUCAAAUUAAUCGUUAGUUGCAGCCUUAAUAUAUAUAUUUUAUUUUUUUAUAUAUAUAUAUACAUAUUAGGGCUGCAACAACUAAUCGAUUAAAUCGAUUAAAAUCGAUUAUAAAAAUAGUUGCCGAUUAAUUUAGUCAUCGAUUCGUUGGAUCUAUGCUAUGCGCAUGCGCAGAAGCUUAUUUAUUUCUUUUUUAAAUUUUUUUUUUUUUUUUUUAUAAACCUUUAUUUAUAAACUGCAACAUGUACAAACAGCUGAGAAACAAUAAUC